AUGGAGGCUAGUUUCAUGCCUUGUUAUGUUUAUAUUAUUCCUACUGAUUGUAAGGAAUUUCGUGAUAAUGGUCACACUAAUUCAGGGGUGAUUUACCCCUAUUGGACCAGCUCCCGUCCUGUCAGAGUUUACUGCGACAUGGAAACAUUAGACGGAGGGUGGACGGCAAUCCAAAAACGAGUUAGUGGAUCCCUGACCUUUGACAGGAACUGGACAGAAUACAAGAAUGGUUUUGGUUCCCCGGAACAGGAUUACUGGGUUGGAAAUGACGUAAUCCAUCAGUUAACAAAAGUAAAGGACUGUUUCCUAUAUGUUUCUAUCACUGUACAGAAUGGUACAAGGUUGUACGAACUGUACGAUAAAGUCUCUGUUUCCAAUGAAGCAGGGAAGUACAGAAUCCUUCUGGAAAAACCUGCCACAGGAACUUUAGGUGACAGUAUGGCAAACACUGAGAGUCAUAUCUUUUAUGCGACAGCGAUGUACUUUUCUACCAAAGACAGAGAUAGUGACUAUUCUGGUUCACAUAACCUUGCUAACUAUUAUGGAGGCGCCUGGUGGUUUAACGCGGGAUACCACGCCUUCCUCAACGGUCCCUGGCCACCGGCAGAGUGGACCAAUCCAUGGUGUCCUAUAAUUACAUCCGGGUCAUCUGUCAGAGAGACCAUGAUGUUGAUCAAACGUCACUAG